AUGGAUGGCACCCCUGACUACACCAUUACAAUGGCCCACAUGUCCGAACAUUGGGCCAAACUCGAUUUCCCAACUGUUACCCCUUUAGAAUUUAAUUUGCAUGGUGUGCCGAUCCCUUUUACCCCCAACAAGAGAACAUGCAUCACCCGCAAUCCGCCUUUCAACAACGAUGGAUCUGCUCUGGUUUUUGGGCUGGGCCUCUCGUCCAAUUCCUGCACAACCAUGUGCUUGGGAAGAGAAAAUGAAGAGGAUUCCUCGAUCGACCUCAAUUUAAGCAUCAACUUCAAUGCUGACGACAAGAAGCCGUCCGAUCCAAAGUUCCCGAUUGGGAAUUUGAAUGCAACCAACAAAAGGAAGCCCGUUUUAGACCUCGAAUUAAGCCUGUCCACCGCUAACGCCGAAUCCGAUGCAACCACCAUUCCCGAUAAGAACCCGUCGGAGGACGAAGGCUCGACUCCAUCCCAUUCGAAAUCCGUGCCGAAACGGGGGAAACGGUGUGAGUUUCCCGGGGGAUGCGGAAAGGGUGCGGAAGGGAGCACUCCGUUUUGUAAAGCGCACGGUGGGGGGAAACGGUGUGCGUUUCCCGAGGGUUGCGGGAGGAGUGUUCAUGGAGGGACGGCGUUUUGUGUGGGACAUGGAGGGGGGAAGAGGUGCGCGGAGAAUGGGUGCACCAAGAGCGCGAGGGGGAAGACGAGCCACUGCGUGAGGCAUGGAGGGGGGAGGAGGUGCGCGUUUCCCGGGGGUUGUGGGAAGAGCGCGCAGGGGAGAACCGACCGGUGCAAGGCGCACGGCGGCGGGAAGUUGGGACUCUAUGCGGCGCAGGUGCGUGGGAAGGAUGAUGAGGAGUCCACUUCGGUGGUACGCGUGGAGUUUGAUGCCAAGGGGAAUAAUAAUGAUGUUGUUUUGGGGGAUGGGGGAUUGGAGGAAUAUUCCCUUCCGGAAGGGAGGGUGCACGGAGGGGGAUUGAUGGCGAUGCUGAGAGGGGGUGCUGCGUGUGGUCGAGAGGGAAACCGAUACAAA